AUGCAAAAUAUUGCACUUGAAGGCACAGUGAAAUUCAAUCGAGAAUUAGUGUCAGAUUUAUGUUUUUUUGUUGGUGAAUGUGGUGGGCGAUGUCAGUUAGGUCAAGAUAUGAAUAUGAGCGAUUUAAUAGAUCUCACCUAUGCUGGCAUUAUUAUAGUCGGCGGUUUGGUUGGCUACUUCAAAGCAGGCAGCACCGUAUCACUGGCAGCUGGACUCGCUUUUGGAGGCGCUGCAGGUUUUGCUGCUUAUUUCAAAAACAAUCUCAUGCUUUUAGCUGUUAGUUCUGGCCUUACACUCUUAAUGGGUACUCGUUUUAUCCAGUCUGGUAAAAUUAUGCCUUCUGGAAUAAUUACAAUUUUGAGCUUUGCCAUGGUAUUCCGUUGCUUGAUGCGUUAUAUCCAUCUGAGCAAGUCUGCCGAUGAUGCAUCAUUACAAAAGUAA